GAAUUCCGGUCAGGCUAGCCUCCUCGCACUCAACUGCUGUAAUCGGCGCCCCGUACGCGCCGCGAUUCUGGCCUGACCUUCGGAGGCUACCAGUGCGAGUUUCUGCUCUGUCGGGUUCGAAAGAAACUUUGUCGAAUCGUAUCUUCACGGCUCGGAUCUUCGCAGACAGCUGGACAUACCCGUUCAGAAUAGACUUCUGACAGCGACUUCUUCAGUGCAAGAAAUGACAACUUACACAGACAAGGGACCCAAGCCCGAUGGCGGUCGCUUCCUGGCCUUCGAUCAUGUCACCUUCUGGGUUGGAAACGCGAAGCAGGCGGCGUCCUACUACUGCACCAAGAUGGGCUUCGAGUACUUCUGCUACCGAGGCCUGGAGACCGGAUCCCGUAAGGUGGUGUCCCAUGCGGUCCGCCAAAACAAGAUCAUCUUCGUCUUCUCCUCGGCGCUCAACCCGGACGACGAAGUGAUGGGACCGCACCUAGUCAAGCACGGAGACGGAGUUAAGGACAUCGCCUUCAGCGUCGAGGACCUCGACACCAUUGUGAAGCGUGCCAAGGAGCGUGGUGCCACGAUCGUCCGCGACAUCUGGGAGGAGUCUGAUGAGUGCGGAACCGUGCGCUUUGCAACGGUGCAGACGUGCGGCGACACGACGCACACGUUCGCCGAGCGGGGAACGUACAACGGCCUUUUCUUGCCGGGAUUCAAGAAGCAUCCGUCCCGGGACCGCAGUUACGAGAAGCUGCCAGACGCCGGUCUCCAGUUUAUUGACCACUGCGUCCUCAACCAGCCCGACCUGGAGAUGGUGCCCACCGCCAUGUGGUACGAGAAGAACCUGAUGUUCCACCGGUUCUGGUCGGUGGACGACAAGCAAAUCCACACCAAGUACUCGGCGCUGCGCUCCAUCGUGGUCACAAACUACGAAGAGACCAUCAAGAUGCCAAUCAACGAACCCGCCAACGGGCUGCGACGAUCGCAGAUACAGGAGUACGUGGACUACUACGGAGGCGCCGGCGUCCAGCACAUCGCCUUGAACACGAGCGAUAUCAUCGCAUCGAUCACGGCAUUGCGCGAGCGCGGCAUGGAGUUCCUGGAUACGCCGGACACAUACUACACGCAGCUGCGGGAGAAGCUCAAGACAGCCAAGAUCACCGUCUCCGAGGACCUCAACACGCUGCAGAAGCUGAAGAUCCUGAUCGACUACGACGACAACGGCUACCUGCUGCAGAUAUUCACCAAGAACAUGCAGGACCGCCCGACGCUUUUCCUCGAGGUCAUCCAGAGGCACAACCACCAUGGAUUCGGCGCCGGCAAUUUCAAGUCCCUGUUCGAAGCCAUCGAGGCCGAACAGGAGGCCAGGGGAAACCUCUACUGAAAUUCGAACGACCACAAAAGGCGCGUCCGUCUCCGAGACUCUCAAUUCACGGAAUCUCUGCGACUCACUCCGAGACCAUUACGUGACCGGAGAAACGAAGAAUCUGACCCCCGAGCCUUUUGCUUUUCGUUCGUCACUGACUCGCACCGCUUUGUCUGUUUACCUCUCGAGCGUCUGAAUAAAAACACUUUGACUUCA